UUCUCUUUUCUCUGUUCUUAGCCUCCAAAGUCACCACCACCGUUAUAUUAGAAUGAAGACUCAUGAUUUCAUGAAUGUCAACUCUUUCUCUCCGAAGGAAAGACCGAUUCGCCUCUUUGGCUUCGAGUUUGGAGCUUCUCAUGAAGAAUCUGAUGAGUCCAAAGACAAUUUCAACGAAAAAAGUACUGAAAGCAUCAAAGGAAAUAACAAAGAAAAAAGAAGAUUCAAGUGCCACUAUUGUUUUCGGCACUUUCCUACUUCACAAGCCCUAGGUGGCCAUCAAAACGCUCACAAGAGAGAACGUCAACAAAUCAAACGCUUCAAUCUCCAUUCAAACGCAGCAGCUAUAUUCCACCGCCACCAAGACCACGUUGCUGCUUCUACGUUCUUCGAGGAUCGCUUUGGUGUUGAAGCUUCUCAAAUCAACGACGCCAGCAGAUUAGGGUUUUGGCGUAGGUAUAACUCAUCAGCGAGAUUUAAUCGCGACGGUCCAUCUUACAAUAGAUAUAUGCCUUUGUUCAUCGGCGAUAACCAGACUAGGCCGACGACGUAUGUUGGUGGUAGCAGCAGGCGUAGUCUGUUUUACGAGUCCAAGGCGAAUGUACCAGACCACGUGAGUUUGGAUCUACGGCUCUAAUUCCUUUUCUUCAAUAUCUCUAGCUUUUUUUCCUUUUUUCUAAUAGCUU